UUCCAAUCAGGCUCGAUGGAACCGCCUCCCCACUACGGCUCUCCCCAUUGGCUGCCGGCCGUCGCGGACAUUGGUUGUCAACGGCUCUCCAAUUCCAAUGUGGAAAAUCUGCCUCCCCACGUAAUCCGACUCGUGUACAAGGAAGUCUCUGCCCUGACGUCGGACCCGCCCGAGGGCAUCAAGGUGUUCCCCAACGAGGAGGAUAUUACAGAUGUGCAGGUCACCCUUGAGGGACCAGAAGGGACGCCAUACUCCGGAGGCCUCUUCCGCAUGAAGCUGAUCCUCGGAAAGGACUUCCCAGCCAGCCCGCCGAAGGGCUACUUCCUGACCAAAAUCUUCCACCCCAACGUGGGUGCCAACGGCGAGAUCUGCGUGAACGUCCUCAAGAAAGACUGGAAAGCGGAACUGGGCAUCCGGCACGUCCUGCUGACCAUCAAGUGUUUGCUCAUCCACCCGAACCCGGAGUCGGCCCUGAACGAGGAAGCUGGGCGCCUCCUGCUAGAGAACUAUGAGGAGUAUGCCUCCCGGGCCCGCCUCCUGACUGAGAUCCAUGCGCAGCCGUCGGCUGGCCUGCGCACCAAGGACCCCGCCGAGCCUUGCUCCUCUUCGGCGGGCGCUUCUGGGGAGGGCCCCAUGGCCAAGAAACAUGCCGGUGACAGGGACAAGAAGCUGGCCAUCAAGAAGAAGACCGACAAGAAGCGAGCGCUGCGGCGGCUCUAGGGGACCGAGGGGGGUGGGGGCGGGUGGGAGGGGGUCUGGCACACGGGGUGGGUGGCGGGCGUGGGGCUUUCACAGGACAUCCUCCCUUUCUCCUCUCUCUUCCUUUCCCGCCUGCCUUUUGAAGCUACGGUCCAACUCUGCCUCGCCCUCGUCAGGUUUUUCUUUUCCAUCUUUAAGUUAUUUAAAUUAUAAAAGCAGAGGAAAUCUAUUAAAUGCCUUUUUUUCUAAA